AAGAGUAUCACAGUUUCGAAUAUUCCUUCGCCAUCACGUUCCUUUCUCGCCAGCUUUCGAAGCCUGUCCAUAUAAGAAGGGCCCUCCUCCGUCUCUGACCUUCUUAGGCUCUUUUGCAAGCGCUUUCUCUCUCCUCCCUGUUAAGUUUCUCUUCUACAAAGAAAACCGAAAUCCAAUCACAGCUUAGAAAGGAUGUUGCUGAGAAGCUCUUCAACUCCCGUUCUUGGAUCCCUUCUCUCCUCUUUCUCAGACAGUCCUAACAACUCCUUUGAUUCCAACAAAACCCCAUCUGACCACCUCAAGAAGAUCUCCUUCUCCCACUCCACCCAUUCCAACUUCCAUUCCUUCAUAUGCAAUUCCUCUCCCAUCUCUCACUCCUUCGCUAGCACUCCUGACUUCAUUCCAGAAUCCGGCGUCAGCACCAAAGGCUUCCGAAGGGCCCACUCAGACGGCAACCUGGCAGGUCUUUCUGCCAACGACGACGAUUUCCAUAAUUCAGUCCCAUCCAAGUUGCCCCGGCGACCCAGUCCCGUAUUGCAGACGAUUCCAUCGUUUACGGUGUAUGAUUCAAGAGGCAAUGAAUACGACGAAGAAGAGGAAGAAGAAGAAGAGGAAGUCGGUGGGCUUGAAGGUUUGCCGAGGUCUGUUACUAUCGGAGAGAAUAUAAUGUCAAUCGGAGGAGAUUUCAACUUUGCCAAUGAAAAAGGCAUGGGAUUGGUUGGGCUAGAGGAAGAGAAUGAAGAGGGUGUGUUUGAUACUGGGGCGGAAGCUCCUCCUCUGUUUCUUGCCAGAGGGCUUGGAAUUGAUGCAGGUAAUCCGUCUGAUUUCAUGACUGGCUGCAGGAGUGGUUUUCAGUUUGCUGAUUCCAGCAGAGGGGGAGAUGGUUCAGACGUUGAGAAUCAUUAUAAGAGGAUGGUUGAAGAAGAUCCCUGCAAUCCUCUGUUUCUGAGGAACUAUGCACAGUUUCUGUAUCAGUCCAAGGGAGAUUUCGCGAGAGCAGAGGAAUACUAUUCAAGGGCCGUACUUGCAGGACCAGGCGACGGUGAGCUCUUGUCGCAGUAUGCGAAAUUAAUUUGGGAGCGCCAUCAUGAUCAAGAAAGAGCAUCGAGCUACUUUGAACAGGCAGUUCAAUCUGCUCCUGAAGAUAGCCAUGUUCUUGCAGCAUAUGCUAGUUUUCUUUGGGAAACAGAGGAUGAAGAAGAAGAAAACAGCAGAUCAAGUAAUUACCAAGGAAUACCAGUUUUCCAUGGUGCUGUGGCUUCUGCAAGUGCUUGAUCAUUGCUUCUAUGGUGUCUUCCAACAUUAGUUUUAAGCGAGAACUUUUAACAUGUGUGUUAGGAAGGGAUAUCAUACGCAGACCAUGUAAUCUCUUUAUUGCAUUGGAUAGAAUUUUCUGAAUAAAUUUAAGGAUCCUAAGUGGACAUCCUCCACAAGACAUUUAUGAAUCAUGGUAGAUAUAUUCAUUGUAAAGAUUUGGUGGAGACAGAGAAUGCAGAAGCAUGUUCUAUGGUUGAUCAGGUAUUUUUGGUGUCUUCUGUUAUUCACUGGUAAAUCUCUCCUUCCAGGAAGGAGAUUUAAGGCGAAGAUACAAUCAUACAAACGUGGUCUUGUUUAAGAUUUGCAAUUCAAUUGACGGAUGUGGUAUAAACAUGUUCAGAAGCUUGCAAUCUGAGGA